UUUUGGAUUCAAAACUGUGAAAAGUGUGGUGGAGAACGUUAAAAUGCAGGCACUUAUCAAGCUUAUUUUUACUUUAUAUCAUUGGUUUGUUCCCACUGUGGUAUAAAGUACUUGAGCUGGAAACGCCGCUCCAGAGUCGGGAUAGCAACCCUCGGCACAGGGCCCAGCAGUUGAUAUAUCAUCAGAGGUGGAACCAAUGAACGGUGGAACUUUUGGAGUUAACUUCAUGACUCCACUCCGUAUAGUCGAACGCUAAUGGAGUCACCCCUAAUACGCCAAAAAGCAAUAGCCGAACGGCUGGAGUCACUCGGAGUGCACGGAGUUAGCAACCCACCUUUAGAAUGUUUUUAUGUACUAAAAUCAAGUACUGAUAUAGCAUGCAUAAAGCAAGGGCCAGCGGAAUCAUAGCCUGUGGUGUAAACAUCCAAGUAGGCGAAAAACAAUACGCUGCGACGUCAUCACUGGUACUUAAUACUCGACAACAGUGUUGCCAAAUCGGGUUCGGCUAAAUAGAAAUUGAGCGAGCGCCCUCUGUUGACAGAUUUAAUUUUUACAGCGUGCUGUCAAAAUUGUAAGUGUUUUAUUUUAAAGUGACGUGUAUAUUAUUUAUCCAUAAUGUAAUUUGUUUUUGUUGAAAAUAAUUAAAUAAAACGAAACCCAGCAAAAAUGGCACUGCCCAGCAAUGGGAUUUUCGUCGUCAAAGGAGAGAUGACCAUCCUGAUGACUGCCAUCAAAAGAGGAAUUCGUUGGCCAUCGCAUUCAGACGAAGACACCGACAAUUUAUUGAAAAACAUCCAAGAUUUGAAAGAUCUCCUGAUGAAAAUCGAUGAUCUAAGACUCGUAGAACCCGACGUCUUCCUGGCUCCGUUUCUCGAAGUUAUCAGAAGCGAAGACACCAGCGGACCAGUCACAAGCUUAGCCCUGGCAGCAGUCAACAAAUUCCUAUCUUACGGCCUAAUCGAUCCUACACACCCUAGUGUUCCUAAUACAGUUUACAACAUUGCGGACGCAGUCACUCAUGCCAGAUUUGUCGGAACCGAUCAAUCUUCAGAUGGAGUAGUUCUGAUGAGAAUACUUCAAGUUCUGAGAACAUUGACCUUAGCUCCAGAAGGAGCCAUGCUCACAAAUGAGAGCCUAUGCGAAAUAAUGCUGAGUUGUUUCAGGAUAUGUUUUGAAGCUCGCAUUCAUGAGCUCCUAAAAAAAACCGCCGAACAAUAUUUAAAGGAUAUGGUACAGCUGGUGUUUAUGCGUUUGCCUCAAUUUUCAGAUGACCUCAGGUCUAGCGUGAAGCAAUUGAAAAUGAGAGCGGGCAUGGAACAUAGCAGAACCAAAAAACGGAGCAGGCAUUCGUUUAGGAAAAAAAGUGCUGAGGUUAUCGAAGAGAAAUCCAAAGAAGCUCCAACAAAUGUAGUUGAUAUGCAAGGCCAAAUUUUACAAAUAGAUGAGAGUCCUACUACAACAGUUAUCGAGGAUAAUAUUGAUGCUGAGGAAAAAGAAGGUUCAUUGGAAAAUAAUAGUGAACCAAUUAUUCAAAAACCACCAUCUAGCGAGGUAUUAGAUACAAAUGAAACUUCAAAAGAUUAUGUGAAUCAAAGAGGCAUACGGUUUACUCCACAACUUCAAGACGAUUUAGUCUUGUUACCUUAUGGCCUUGCUUGCGUCAGAGAACUAUUCAGAUUUCUAAUAAGUUUAUGUAACCCAAACGACAAACAAAACACCGAAGUCAUGAUUCAUUUAGGCUUAACUCUAUUAACUGUAGCUUUUGAAGUGGGUGCUGACAGUAUAGGAAAACACGCCACCUUAUUGGCUUUAGUCAAAGAUGAUUUGGCUCGCAACUUAUUUUCAUUAUUGACAAACGAAAGGAUUUCGAUAUUUGCUGCUGACUUGCAAGUGUCUUUUCUAAUGUUUGAAUCACUCAGAAUCCACUUGAAAUUUCAAAUGGAAAAAUACCUAACAAAACUAAUUGAUAUUAUUGUAAGCGAUAAUCAAAAAAUUAACAAUUACGAGCAUAAAGAAGUUGCUUUAGAUAACAUAUUACAAUUAUGGAGAAUACCUGGUUUUGUAAAUGAACUUUAUCUUAAUUACGAUUGCGACAUGUACUGUACUAAUUUAUAUGAGGAUUUAACUAAAUUGCUGGCUAAAAAUGCUACUAAUGGAAUUUGGCACACACACCUAAUGUCUUUGGAUGCUUUAUUAACUGUCAUUGAAGGCAUAGAAAUGCAUUGUUUUGAAUCUAAAACAAAAAACAUAAUAGGCAAAACUAUAAGACAAAAUUACAGUGACAAUUUGCCUGCACUAGAUGAUCUAUUGGCCAGAAAAAAUAUUAAAAAGUGGCUACCUCAAGGUACCGAGCACUUCAACACAAAACCCAAAAAAGGUAUUCAAUUUUUCCAAGAACAUGGUGUUCUCAAACCUGAAUUAGACCCACAUGAAGUUGCAAUGUUUCUACGAGAAAAUCCAGCUUUAGACAAAAAAAUGAUUGGCGAAUACAUAAGCAACAGAAGCAACCUAAACAUCCUUGAAGCCUUUGUAAAAACCUUUAAUUUCAACGGAGUAAGAAUUGAUGAAGCCUUGAGAAGCUUUCUAGAAUCGUUUAGAUUACCAGGCGAAGCCCCAACUAUUUCAUUAAUCCUGGAACAAUUUGCUGAGCAUUGGCACCAAAGCAACAAUGAACCAUUUGCUGACGUAGACUCAGCAUUUACUCUGGCUUAUGCUGUAAUCAUGCUCAAUGUGGAUCAACAUAAUCAGAAUGCCAAAAAACAAUCAAAUCCAAUGUCGGAUUCUGCAUUCAAAAAAAACCUGCAAGGAGUUAAUGGUGGAGACAAUUUUGAAGAAUCAAUGUUGAAUGAAAUUUAUCAUGCCAUUAAGGGAGAUGAAAUUGUAAUGCCUUCGGAACAUGGUGGCUUGAUUCGUGAGAAUUAUUUGUGGAAGGUUUUGUUGAGGAAAGGGGCUUCAAAUAAAGGAGAUUAUUUUCAUAUACCUCCAGGUACUUAUGAUUCUGAGCUAUUUCGUUUAAUUUACGAUCCGAUUGUGUCUGCAUUGUGCUUCAUUUACGAACAUACAGAAGAGGAUUCGGUGUACAAACACGUUGUGAGCGGAUUUGAAAAGUGCGCCUUGGUAGCCGCCCAUUUUGGUAUGACAGCGAAUUUGGAUACUUUGAUUUUGUCUUUGUGCAAGUUCACCGUUUUUUAUAAUCAGAGGAGACAGAAUAAUAUUAUGAUAUUAUUCGGUUCGAAUAGAAAAGCUCAACUAGCCCUAAAAACAGUAUUCAGUUUGGUGCAUCUAAACGGCGACAAUAUAAGACAAGGCUGGAAAUAUAUAUUCGAUCUAAUCCUAGCCUUAUACAGCAACAACUUACUACCAAAAUCCUACAUUGAACCGGAAGAUUUUAUAAAUCAAAGCGGCCAUAUAGUCCUAGUCUAUGAAGAAACUGAAAAUUUACAAAAACAAGAAUCAGGUUUAUUUAGUUCUAUCUACUCCUACAUGGUUUCGGCAGAAAACUUGUCUAAAAUCCCUUCACCUGAAGAGCAACAAUUUAUGGAUUUGGCCAAAGAAUGCAUCAAAGACUGCAAUUUGGAUCAACUAAUAACAGACUCAAAAUUCCUGCAUGAAGAGGCUUUAGUGGAGUUAGUAAAAUGUCUUAUAGAGCUAUCAAGAGGCCCAGAUGUUCAAAAAAGCUUAGGAUACAAUUACAAUGAAAAUGUUACUGUGUUUUUCAUGGAACUAUUAUUUAAAAUUGUUAUUCAAAACAGGGAUCGUGUGAUAACAAUAUGGCAACCAGUAUGUGAUCACAUUUACACUUUAGUAAUGAACGCUUCAGUUUUCGACUACCAAUUCCUUCUAGAACGCUCUGUUAUUGGCCUAUUGAGAAUAGCCAUAAGAUUAAUGCGAAAUGAAGAAAUGUGCCCCAUAGUCAUACAAUCUCUAAGAAUGUUGUUGCUAUUAAAAAGUACCACUCUAUGUAGAAUCUCCAAACAAAUUUCCUACGGGCUUUACGAGCUACUAAAAACUUCAGCUCAAAAUAUUCACACCACAACAGAUUGGACUAUAAUUUUCACUUUAUUAGAGUGCGUAGGGGCAGGCGCUCAGCCUCCAAAACCUGUAGCAGACGAUGGCAGCACUUGCGCAGACCAAUCAAAGUCAGAUGGCGAAAAUCAAAUAAACAGCGACGAAGAAAGUGUAGUAUCAGACAGAGGCUACACCUCAGAUUCUGAACUAACAAAAAAACAAAAAGCAAUUCUGGCAACUUCUCCCUGUGGCACUCCAAACACAGGAGGCUGGAUUUUGGUGGGCAACGAAGGCGAAAUUGUUGGUCGAACAGUGCCUCCGACACAAUACGGCAUUGCUUUGGAAAGAAAUUUAGGCCCACACGAUUCAAUGAGUUUGAUAAAAUGCUGCGAAAGCUUGGCAUUUUUAGUUAGAGACGUGGCCCACAUAACACCGUACAAUUUCGACAUUUGCGUACAAUGUAUAAGGACUUUUGUUGAGGCAAGCCUACAAACUGACAACAAAAAACGCAAAAGAAAAGUCGCCUCUCGUAGGAAAUCCGAAUUAAGAAGUCCUGCGGCUAGUAGUCCAAGCUGUAGUGAAGAUGACGAUUUUCCUAGUGGUUAUCAUCAUUUGCUUUUAGACUUGAUGCAUACGUUGCACACGAGGACUGCUCAAAUUUUCAAAUGGUGGGCGGAGGAAGGCGGCGAAAUCGCUCAAGAAAUGUCACUGUGGACUCAAGGUUGGUGCCCCUUAUUACAAGGCAUUGCCAGGAUGUGCUGCGAUCGCCGUGAAGAAGUCCGGAUCAGUGCGAUUGCUUUCUUGCAGAGGGCGUUGUUGGUGCACGAUUUGCAAACUUUGAACGGUUUGGAGUGGGAACAAUGUUUUCAUCGGGUGUUGUUUCCGUUACUCAAUUACUUGUUGCAACCGAGCGGUUCUAAGGGACCCAUUGCGAUGGCUGAGUUCAGGAAUAGGGCUGCCACUGUAUUAUCUAAGGUAUUCUUACAUCAUUUAACACCCCUACUAUCUCUGCCAACAUUCCCCAAUCUUUGGACAAACAUUCUGGACUACAUGGACAGGUACAUGCACGCUGACAAAAGCGACAUCUUAUCCGAAGCGAUUCCUGAACUCUUGAAAAACAUGCUGCUGGUAAUGAACUCGGCCAAAGUAUUCGACAAUGCCGAAGGCAAAAAUCAACUGUGGCACCACACUUGGGAGAAAAUCGGACGGUUUUUACCCAAUCUCAAAGAGGAACUAUUCAAGGAACCUGUAAAACUCAAACCUAUUAUACAAGAUGAGAGCGAUCAACAAACAAUUAAUCCAAUGCAACAUAAUAUUGAAAAUUUAACCAGAUCAGUGGUUUUACAGCAACAACAGCAAGUGUCUUCUCAUUUAUUUGCCCAUUUGGGCCAGAUGGUUUCAACACCAAUUGGUUCUACACAAACACCUUCUACAUCUAUACUACAACCUACUCUACAACCUGGAAUGCCUUAUAUGCCUAAUUUAUUAACUAGUGCAAAUCAGCAACAAGGUCAACAACACGCAUUUCCAGUUUUAUAUAACAGUCCCACAGUUAUACCAAGUACCACCACAACCGAAAUUCAACCAUUAUCAUUGUAUGCCGAAUUUUUAGGAAAUCCUUAUAAUUUGGACAAGAAUUUAGAAGCCGUAGACAAUGCUGAAUCAAACUUUUUCCAGUCUUCAAACUAUUUCAACAAUACAAUUAUGCCAGCCGGAAGUGAAAUUUUGUUUGGCAUGGAUAAGGAUUGUAAUAAUAUUGUUGAAACAAAUUCUACUGGGACAAGUGUUUGAUGUUGAAUUGGCCACAAUAUCUAGUCAACUAAAGCCUCAUUUGUAAAUAUCGGUGUUAUUAAUAAUAUGUAAUAAGACAAAAUAUAUAUCGUAUUUGUUAGUCUAUUUAUUUGUAAAAAAAUCAAGCUUUCACUCGUUCCUUUUUCUUUUUCGCAACCACUUCCUCAAUUUUAGCCUUCCUCUUAGCGUGUAUUUUUUGUUUUAGCUUCUUCUUCCUCCUUUCGCGUUUCUUAUCUGUUCCGGUUUUCUCUCCUUUGCCCAAAACGUCUCCUUUAGUUUUAUUUCUUAUUUCUUCUGGAGCUAACAAAGCUCCAUCACUAGUUGCUACAGGUGCAACUUCUUCCAUGUUAACGGCUGGCAAAUUGCUGACGAUUUUGAGUUCGGGUAUUGCAGGAGUUGAGGUGAAAUGAUAGUUGGACAAGGCAUCUAGUUUGUUGAAGAGUGAUUUCAUUAGUUUUUUUAAUUCUUUGUGAGUUUCUGGUUCUUUUUCUGGUGCAUCUACAUUGUCUUUGUCUAAUUUAGCUUGUUGCUCUAAAAACUCCUUUUCAUAAAUGUUAGCCAAAGACUCUUUGCUUUUCUCUUGAUCCAAAACAAGCUUCUUUCUAUACUCCAAAGGAGUCUCUAUUGGUCUACUGAUUUUCUCUACACUAUCAAAUGUUUUAUUUUUGAUUCUUUGCCUAAUUAUGUCUUCUAGUUGCAAAGAGGUUUGUUCAGUUAUAACAGGCGCAGGUCUUGUGGUCAAAUCAAACUCAACUAUUUCUUGUAAUAAGGAGUUUUGAGGACGACUUUCUGCUGUUAUUUCGCCUUUCAAUUGCCAGGAUUUUUCCGUUAUUGCUUGUUCUUCGAGGUCCUCAAUCUUUUUUUGUAAUCUUUCCUGUCUCAACUCCAAAGUUGAUUUUACAUCGUUUAUUAAAUCAUCAUCAUCAUCAUCAUCAUCUUCUUGAUCUAAUUCCUCCA